AUGGAAGCAUCGAAUAAAUUCGGGCAAUACAUGGCAUACAUCCGUCGGCUAUGUCGCGUGCUAGGAUUCGAUGUGUUCAAUGCUGAAUGGAAGAUGAACUAUCGAUCAUACUUUAGCAUAUUCCUUUGUGGACUGUAUCUGUGGUGGAUGUUACAAUCAGCCAUCACCGCCGAGGGUACUCGUGAACCACUUAAGACACUCGCAUUCCUUGGGUUCUUUUUCCAAAGUACGCUAAAGAUCUACUACACGCUGAGCAAUCACAAGAAUUUUUACUCUACCUACUACAAGCUGGAGCAGACCAUCUACGAUGGCCACAUCGGUGGAACGGCCGAGCAGAAGCAGGUGAUCCUGCGCGUGAUCACAGUUAUCUUGGACCUGGUCAAGGUGACCACCGUGCUCUAUAGCUUCUCGGUGGUGAUGUUUUCCCUCUACCCGGCCUACAUGUACUUCUGGGAGGACACAAAGGUCACGAUCUUUCCGCUGCAUGUUCCUGGCAUCAACAUCUACUCCUUGUACGGCUACAGUGUCACCAACAUGCUGCAUAUGCUGAUUGCCGUCUACGGGUUGUUUGGGGCACUUGCUUCCGACACCGCAUUUAUGAUGUUUGUGCUGCACAUCGUGACGUACGUCGAGCUGUUUCGGGUGGAGUGUGAAAAGCUUGAAGCAGAACUGUUGGCCAGCGAGUGGCGAGAACGUUGGCAUUCGGUGGCGUAUAGGAAAUUCUGCAGGCAAAACAUGGUUUUUCUCUAUCGGUUCCAUCAGGAUAUCAUCAACUACAUGGACUCGUUGAAAGUUUGCUACUAUCAGACGUGUAUGGUCCAGGUGGCAACCAGUAGCUUUUCGAUCAUGUUUAAUUUGUUCCUUGCUCUUACGACCGACUGGUACGCAACAUACAGCUUUUUGGCAGUUUCAUUGUUUCAACUUUUGAUAUUUUGCAUCCUUGGCAACGUGAUCCAAGUUAUGAACGAUCGUUUGAACCAAGUUAUUCUGAACCUGCCCUGGUAUCUGCUGCCGAACGGGGAGCAGAAGCGGUUCCUCUUCAUGCUGUACCGCAGCCAGCUUCCGGCCGACAUGGACAUCCGGGGCUUCGGUCCGCUCAACAUGGAAACGUUCACCGCCAUCAUGCAGAAGAUCUACUCGGCUUUCAUGAUGAUGUACAGCUUCAUCGAGGAGUAG